AUGCUAAUAUUGGCCGUACAAGCACUGUGGUUGAGAAAGUGGCGGUUUGACCCUGUGAAGCGGUCACAAACACGUGUUGUAAAAGUGUCCAUGUUUACGUGGGCUGUCUAUGUUUCAUUAUUGCUCGUGUUAGCAGGUACUUUCUUAAUGCGUCGAAAUACGAAUACAGAUAUAAUCGAUAGUUUUAAACGAGAAGUCGAUUUACCAAUACCUGCGCAACCAAGUCCACCAUUUCCACUUGUUACCGAGUAUUGUGACAUUGUAUGCGGGUUUGGUCGUGGAUCUGCUGAAUUGGGUAUUCCUACUGCCAAUGUGCCCAUAGAGCAGCUACCUAAAGAUAUAAACGAUUUGGAUUUAGGAGUUUACUUCGGGUUUGCUCACAUCAAAGCUAUUGAUGGUAGAGAACCCUCGGUGGAAACAAGGCGGGAUGGGAGAACUGUGAUUUACAAUUACGGUCGAUACCUAAGUGAAGCAAACGGCGAUUUGUUCGUACUUCCUAUGGUACUUUCAGUGGGGAAGAAUCCAUUCUACGGAAAUGAUUUCAAAACCAUGGAAUUACAUGUUAUUCAUGAUUUCAAAAAUGACUUUUACGGGGCCAAGGUCAAGUUCAAUAUUUUGGGUCAUAUUAGGCCUGAAUUGAACUAUACUACUAAAGAAGCCUUAAUCGAAGAUAUCAAUAUCGAUAUUAGGACUGCGCAGGCCGUCCUUGCCACUCCGCCGUAUCAAGCAUUUGAACGACAGUUAUAG